AGACUUAUUGUGACUCAGCUCGGAACAAGACUCAAGACCAAGGCGAACCAAACAACAAGCUUGAUCCACUUCCAAUGCAAUUUGGAUACCUACCCCUGUUAGCAUCCUUACUUCGAAAGGCAUCAAGAUGGUUUCGGGUGUGAAGGAAAAUCGGAUGAAGGUAUUCCAGUACAUCUUAACGGUGGCUGAAGUCGACGAAGAGAAAGUCACGGCGAUAAUGGAGGCAGGAAUCUCAACACCUGGAGUCCUCCUGCGAAUGAACUCACAAAAGCUCGGUGAACUCGUCAGAAAGGAUAUCAUCACAGACAUUGAGUUUGACGAACUCAUGAGGUUUCGAAGGUUCAUGAUCCAUUACAAAGAGGACAAAGAGCUCCCAACGACUCUCGAACAAUGGAAAGCGGAAUUUACACCGGAGCAUUAUUCAGCCUUUUGCGACAAAGAUUCGGCCAAAACUGCCAGUGGCUCCUACACUUUGAAGGAAGUGAACGAUUUGAUGAGAGCCGUGAAGAUCGAGGAAAUCAUGGUCUAAUCAGAUCAUGACGCACCCGGUAUAAUUCUUUGCUGUACUGUCGGAGGAGCUACCGCUAUGUUGGAGUUCCCGUCAAUAAAAACAUCAUUCAAGUAGAUUUUUGAACCUCCAAGUACUGGUUGCCGAAUAACACUAUAGGGCAGGAAUUGGUUUUG